AUGUCUCUCGGACGCACUGUCAAGCUCAACACCGGCGCCUCUAUCCCUCAAUUGGGAUUCGGCACAUGGCAGGCUGAGCCCGGCCAAGUCGAGGCCGCCGUCUACGAGGCCCUCAAGGCCGGCUACAAGCACAUCGAUCUGGCCAAGGUCUACGGCAACCAGAAGGAGAUUGCCAACGCCUUCAAGAGAGCUUUCAGCGAGGGCAUCAAGCGUGAGGACAUCUUCAUCACCUCCAAGCUCUGGAACUCGCAGCACAGACCCAACGACGUCGCCCCCGCCCUUGACGACUGCCUUGCUGAGCUCGGCCUCGACUACCUCGACCUGUACCUCGUCCACUUCCCCGUCGCUUUCGACGAGUCGGGCGAUGUCCACCAGAACCUGUUCCCUCUCAGCGACAACGGCGACGUCAAGAUGCUCGACAGCGUCUCAAUCGUUGACACCUGGACUGCCAUGACCAAGCUCGACAAGAAGAAGGCCCGCGCCGUCGGUGUCUCCAACCACACCCAGGAGCACCUUCAGGCCCUGAUUGACGCCACCGGUGUCACCCCCGCCGCCAACCAGAUCGAGCGCCACCCCCGCCUCCUCCAGACCGACUUCAUCAAGUGGUGCGGCGAGAAGGGCAUCCACAUCACCGAGUACUCGACCUUCGGCAACAACAUGGUCGGCGAGCCCCUCCUCAUCCAGCACAAGACCGUCAAGGAGAUUGCCGACCGUCUCAACGCCUCCCCCGCACAAGUCAUCCUCGCCUGGGCACAGGUCGGCGGCCACUCGGUCAUCCCCAAGUCCGUCACUGCUUCGCGCAUCCGUGACAACUUCAAGGAGAUUGAGCUGCCCAAGGAGGACUUUGAGAAGAUUGAAAAGAUUGGUGCCGAGGAGCGUCGUCGUUACAACAUCCCCUACACUGCCAACAAGCCCCGCUGGCCCGUCAACAUCUUCGGCGAGCCCGAGGAGAAGGAUGCUCCCCACAAGGUCGUCGUUUGA